AAUUACCUAUAAGAAAAAGACAAAGCAAGGUUUGGUUUUUUCUUUUUCUUUCUUUUUUUUUUGUUGCAAUGAGAGUGCGGUUUGGUUAUAGUUUAGCAGAAUGAGUUUCUCUCUACUUUCUCUCUCUUCUCUUCUGAUUCUGAGUGGAGCUUUACGCAAUCCAUUAUAACCCAUAAAAGAGAUUCUUGUUCCCUUGGCCAACCUUCCCUUCUCUUAUCUUUUCCUUCAUCACAUCACUGCAUCUUUCUCUCAUCUCAUCUUACUUCUUUGCAUAAUAUGGGAUUUUGAUUCUUCUUCAACUCAAGAGUCAGGAUCCAUUUCUCGAAAAACUUUUCAAGGGAUUUUUUUUUUUUUUUAUAUGGGUAAUAUGGGUAGUAGCGGUUCAACGAAUCGCCGAAGACACCAUGGAAGCCGGCGUAGCCACCACCACAACCACCCUCCUCCUCCACCUCAGGUACCACCCCAACCAGAACUCUCAGCCAACCGCUAUGUUGUUACUGCGGCAACGCCAUAUCCUGCCCAAUACACAAACCCGAAUGCUCCCCAGUAUUACCAAUACCCAGGUUAUUACCCGCCUCCGCCGCCUACCACGCCUCUGCCCUUGCCGGCGCCGUACGAUCACCACCACCGCGGAGCACACUCACAUGCUGAAUCGGGUCACGGGAAUUGGGUCGGUGGCAGGUACCCUUGUGGACCGGUUAUGCAACCCGUGGCACCUUAUGUUGAGCAUCAGAAGGCUGUGACUAUAAGAAACGAUGUGAAUUUGAAGAAGGAGACUCUUAGGAUUGAGGCUGAUGAGGAAAAUCCUGGGCACUUUCUUGUGGCUUUCACAUUCGAUGCCACUGUUGCCGGAAGCAUAACUGUAAUAUUCUUUGCCAAAGAGGGGGAAGAUUGCAACCUAACACCAGUGAAGGAAAAUCACACACCUGUGACUGUACAUUUCCCACAAGGUUUGGGCCAGAAAUUCAGACAGCCAUCAGGAACUGGGAUUAACUUUUCGAUGUUUGAGGAGACAGAGUUAUCGAAAACUGGAGACAUGGAUAACUAUCCUCUAGCAGUGAAGGCAGAGGCUUCCUCAGUUCUCCCAAAUGGAUCUGAAUCAAACCAAGGAUCUGGAACAAUGAAUUCUCAGAUAACUCUAGCGAUUUUUGAGAAGGAGAAAGGUGAAUUUCGCACAAGGGUUGCAAAGCAGAUAUUGUGGGUAAAUGGAAUGAGAUAUGAGCUGCAGGAGAUAUACGGUAUUGGUAAUUCGGUUGAAGGUGAUUUAGACAGCAAUGAUCCGGGGAAAGAAUGUGUCAUUUGCCUGUCUGAACCACGCGAUACUACGGUUCUUCCUUGCCGGCACAUGUGUAUGUGCAGUGAGUGUGCUAAAGUUUUGCGGUUUCAGACCAACAGAUGUCCAAUUUGCCGGCAGCCUGUUGAGCGGCUUUUGGAGAUAAGGGUGAACAGUGGUUCGGAGGAAUGAAAGGGAGGUAGGGGUAGUGCCGCCUCCGCCAACAUUGUGUAUAUCCCAGCUAUUAUAUUUUGGUUUCCUUCAUCAGCUCAUCGUCUUGGGUUUUAUCAUGCAUCUAAUAAUCUGAGAAGGAAGUUAUACGCCAUUGGCAUGGAUAAAAUGCUGUUUUUCUUUCUUUUUUUUUUUUUUGUGCACCAGAAAAACAUUACGAGCAAAGCAAAUGGCUUCUUGUAAUGCUUGUGUGCGUGUGUGAGAGCCGCUAUUUCUCUGUUUUAUGACAUUAUUUAUCGCUGUUUUGCUGAAGCUGAAGCCUUGCCAAUUUCUGUUUGCAUAUUAAGUUUUUAUUUUUCAUUGAUUCUGUAGAUAUAUAACAAUCAAUGUAAUUGAUUGGUAUGAGCAGAGAGAAAUGGAGUGAAGGCUUUUCAUAUUUUUAUUUCA